CGGCAAGUUUACCUAGGUGGACACCUGGAGGAAGAGUUUGCCGCCGAGGCUUUUGAUAUCAUUGUGUUGAAGCUCGCACGCAUCGGCGAUCGCUCUCGAACAGGAACGCGUCCGCUUAAAAUGAACUUUCCCGAGUCUCGUUACGCAAACUUGAUCGGUUUCAUUGAUUCUCUUACGCUCGAUGAACUGAUCAUGGAGGUUCGCCGACAUUCCGAAGGUUUUGCGAGGGGUAAUUCGGGAUACAGAGGGGUCACGCAACACUCGCCUAAGAAGUUUGAGGCGAGAGUCGGAGUGCCCCCGCAAAGCAAACACGUGUACUUGGGGCUCUACGAUUCUGCCGAGAAAGCUGCGGUGGCGUACGACACCGCUCUCGUUCAAGCGAGGGGACGGAGAGCUUCGACGAACUUUCCAAUUUACAACUACGACGAGCACAUU